AAACAGACACAUGUUUUUCAUGGAUGUCACUCAAGUGGGCAUUUAUCAUGUGUUCUCGCGCCGUCGACACACUCGGCGGAAGGGGACAUAUCGGUGGAGAGCACCAUAUCCCGAACAAACCGUCAAAUGUCUCAGCGGCAACCCCUCCCGUCUGCUGUAUGCAGUUUGUGCGGCUGUGGUGCCAUUCCAUCUCACGUCGAACACAGAGAUGUUUGAAGUGCCAUCCGACACGGUGACGGCGCUUCAAGCAUCAAAAUGCCCAACAUGAGAGGCGACGGCCCAGCAGACAGGAUCGAGUCGACAGACUCAAUCCAAACCCUCUCCCGUCAGUCAGUCAGUAGCAUAUCACGUGACACAAAAAAGUCAAGACUGACGAUUGACAAGCCGACACACAGCUAGCUCUUUCCACAUGGCUCCGCUGCAACACCCCACAACGGACGUCUUUCCUUUCAUCCCCUCCUGACAUUGGUAGGUGCGUCGGGUAGUCCCCUCGCUUCUCGCUCCUUGAUGAAUGCCGUGUAGCGCGCUUUGCUCUUGCCGUAGUUCUUGUGGAAGACAAAGGGGAAGGACAGAAUCAUCCCCAUGGCCGCCAGCAGCACGCUGCCCGCCAGCAUCGGCCCAAACCUCGCCAUGAACUGCUUGUCCACCGGCCGCUCCCCCCUCGCAAUGCCCAUGCGAAAGCCGCUGCCGGGGUAGAAGCUCCACUUGGGGUUGUCGAAUUGGAAGGAAGUCGGCGGCUUCUCGAAAAACAUCUUGUACUGCGCCUUCUGACCCGCCUUGACCGCAUAGUCAGCCGCCUUGUGCGCCGCCUCAGCAGCCCUCCUGCCGGCCUCCGACUUGGCGAACUCGUCUGCCUUCUGCUUCAUCCGGCGGCCCUCUGGCGAUGACAGCAGCCGGUUGACAUAGGGCUGCACAAUGUCCCGCAGCCGCUGGGCGUACCUCCGCCACUCCAUCCUGCUGAUUGCGCCGUGAAGAAAGAUCGGUCAGCUGAGAACAGGAAAUAGCUCCAUUCUGCUCUCAGCCGUCGCGUAUGCAGUGAGGACGGUGCAGGAUACUGCCCGU